GUCCCGUCUGGAGGAGGUCAUGCAGACGGUGAAGUGCGAGAUCAUCUCAAUGACUUCGACGGAUGAACUGGAUGCCUACGUGUUGAGUGAAUCAAGCAUGUUCAUCUCUGCGCGUAGAUUUAUCCUGAAAACUUGUGGAACAACGACACCCUUGUGCUGUCUGCCGCUCCUCAUGUCUUUAGUGAAGGAGUAUGCAGGAUACGACUCAGUCCAGGACCUCUACUAUACCCGUAAGAAUUUCAAGAGGCCAGAACUUCAGGUGUCUCCUCAUCGUACAUUUGAGGAGGAAGUGUCCAUCCUGGAUCAGAUGUACCCAGGGGGUCGAGCUUACUGCAUGGGAAGUGUCAACCGUCCUGACUGCUGGUACUUGUACACUGUGUCACCAGGACGUUCUCGCUAUCAUCCUAAUGCUGCUCGUCAGAAUCUUCCUCAUAAUAGGCUGGGGAAAGCACACCGUGAGCCAGAUCAGACGCUAGAGGUGCUGAUGAUGAACUUGGAUCCGGAAAAAAUGAAAUGGUUCUAUAAAGAAGUUUGUCCUACGGCUGCUGAGGCCACAAAGAAAUCGGGCAUUGAUCGUCUCAUCCCAGAUGUCAUGAUUGAUGACUUCCAAUUUGAUCCAUGUGGAUAUUCCAUGAAUGGGCUGAUGCGCAGUGUGCCAGGUGGAUACAUGACUAUCCACAUAACGCCUGAGCCUGAGUUCUCGUAUGUGUCCUUUGAGACCAACAUCCCACAGAAGUCCUACAAGGAUCUGAUUUCUCGUGUUGUGUCUACAUUUGGACCCCAGCAGUUUGUCCUCACAUUUUUCAAAAGUCUUGAGAAUGGUGCAAACAUUGGUGUUGAGGAGGAUAACUACAGUGUCCCACAAUACUCAGACUAUGAUGUUGAUGAUGUGCAGAUCUGUCGUCUCCAGGGAUAUGACCUGACUUACGCUCUCUACAACAGGUUCCCAAGUUAGGGAAUCGUCCCCCAAGUAGAGCAGCUUGGGAUCCCCUUGACAGUGGUCAAUAUUGUAAGUCACGGUACUGCUCACCUGGCUAAGGAAGAUGGACUUAUGGUUAAUGCGGCAACUAGGAAUUUUACUGGUUUCAUUGGUCAUGCGAAAGUGGAAAAGACACAUGGUGUAUUCAAGUUUAUCAGAUUGUCAAGGGGAUGCCAACUGCUCCGAUUCUUAUUUUGCAUUCUAAUUAUUGGGACUGUUUUCCCUACAGUAGAUAGAAUAGCAGUAGGAAAAGGAUUGGUUCGAUAUUCCAAGAACAAUCUAAUUAAUGCAUGUACCCAAUUUGGGCAGUUAUCUUUAACAAACUUCUGCAUUCUUUCCAUUGUGAAUCCGAGUCUCUUGUUUUUAAAUUUAGACAUUAACUUCUACUCCUGUCACAUUCUUGUGUUGAGAUCAUUUCGUCACUUAGGAGAGGACUUUCUCUGGUGGCGAGAUGCGUAUUCCUGAGAUGGCUAUAAUGCAGAAAUGAAUAUGAUCAGAGGAUAAACUGCUUCUGUGGCAGACAAAGCCACCCUCAGCUCCUUGAGGUGAUCGUUACACCAUGCUAGACUGGACGUAGCAGAUGUAACUGAAAGAUCCCCCAAUUGUUGAAGGGUGAGGCAAGUAAGAGUUGAGGCUCUCAGCACAGCAAGGUCAGUCAUGAUAUAAAAGUGACACAGGUUGACCAAGGGCUUUGCAGAAGGAAAUGAAAAUAUGGCUGGUGGAAAUUGGGUGUUUGGUGAUCAGAUUGUUGUUAAUGCUUGUCAGUAGAGUGGUUACAAAUUCAGCUUUCAUAAGUCUGAUGUUAGCUGUAUAAUUAUUGACAGGCUGAACUGGUCACAAAUAAAUUUUAAUUGUGUUUUUAUUUUUUGAUUGUGAAUUAGGAAUUUGAUGUAAAAGCUUAAGAGAUUAAGGGAAGGAUUUUCUUUACUUCACUUCUUUUUACAACAAAACUACUUAUACUACACUAAGGAAAAAAAAAAAAA